UUAAAGAGUGGGACCAGAUAUGUUCAAAUUUCUAUCCCUUUGGCUUCAAAUUUAACUUAGAUAAGUGCUAGGUUUUGUGAAUUUAAGUUGAAUUUUACGUUAGGUUUUGAUAUAUGAAGUACCAUAAAAAUAUAAAUCAUUCUACCAGAUUCAGCUCUGAUGAUUAUUAAGAUAUUUUUGGUUUAAAGAUAAGUGUCUAAUUUUAGUCUAGGCUCAUUUUGAUCGUACAGAGAAUUAUAGCAGCUCAAUGCCCAGCAGAGACAGACACUUCCUCUCACAUUAAAAGCUACUCCUUCAAAUAUCCUAGUUUUCAGGAUGCUUCAAUUAUUAACGGAGUUUCCUGUCCGGACAACUCCUGCAUAUACCUAACAGCAAAUGGUCAGAAAGGAAAUAAAGAUAUUUUCGUUCUCAUUAAGUUUGGCUCAAACUUCGACAUGACAUGGGUGCUUAGUAAGCAAAUCCAUAUUCAUAAAAAUGCUAUUGCUGUUCACUCUUCAGAAGCCAACUUAAUAGCUUCAGGCUAUUCAGAGUGAAACAUUGUCAAAAUUGACGGUUCGACUGGCACAAUUACUGAACAAUUGAUGAUCGGAAGUGCAGUUCAGUGAGCUUCUUUGACAUUUUCUAACGACAACUCCAACAUUUAUGUUACAGGCAAGUUCUCAUCAACUCCUCACAUAUUCAAGUUAGGAUAUGCAGAUUUUAGUUCAACAACAAUUUCUUCAGCGUCACUAGCUCUCAACUCGGUGUACUCUGUUCAUUCUUAUUUGAACUCAGGUCAAGAAUUCUUGGUAAUCAGUGGCUCAAUAACGAGUCCAAGUCAAGCAUAUAGUCUUAUCUCAGUUGAAUAUGAGACUAGCACUCAGAUGUGGUCUAAGAAGCUUCAGUGACCUUCAGCAUGAGUGAUCACUGGGACUAAUAAUGCUUUGGUUGUGAAUUCGUUGAGUAAAGUUUUCAACUUUUUUUCUGACACAAAGCCUCUAAUGGUUGUGACCAAUCUUUCAGACGGAUCUCUUGUAGGAUCCUACAUAGCUGGAUUCUUUCAAAGCGGCCUUGAAGUCAGUGGCACUGUUUUUUCCACUUCAUUUAACAAAGUAUUUAUACUAAUAAAGUAUGACAAUGGAGCCUACAAAAUUGAAUAUGAUCCAGCUGAAGAAACCUUCUCAAAUUCUUAUAUAAGCACAACUAUAAUACCUGGGUGGAUACUCGAAGUUGGAGGGCAUACAAUCAUUGGAUCUGGAGUGCCAAGCGAUAUUCAGGUGAUUGGGAUAUCUCGACUUGCUUCCAACGGCAUUUAUGGGAUCAAUACUGCUAUAUCAUUUACUUCAGUUGGUGACUCAUUUACUUCAACUAUCGGCUAUUCAUAUACUUCAGAUGUCACGAUAUAUGUGUCUUCAAGUUUGUCUUCUAUGUCUAAGGAUGUUUCAGAUGUUAAAGCAAAUAAUUUACCAACUGCAAAUCCAUCUUCAGCUCUAGAUUUUGUAUCUGAAGUUAUAUUUCAAGGAGGAGAUUAUAUUUUGAACACCACAAUUGGAACUAGCGGAAAUAUUGGUAAUUUCUUCCCUUGCUCUAUUACUGGAGCAACUUCUGUAAGCUCUACUAUUGAACCCCAUUCUAAUGGACAGCCAAAGCCAUCUUGGGUCACAAUUGGAGGAGAUUCACUUUCUUUUGAUUACUCUACUCCAUUAUCUGGAGGAGGACAAACUUUUUAUUUCACUGGAAAAAGUAUAAUAUCAGGGCAAGUUUUCCUGAGAAACGUUGAGAUAAACAUUGCUGAAGCCUCAUCUAAUCCUACUUCAGAUCCAGUUGAAGGUUCAACUUCUGAAAAUUGUAAAAUUUCUCAUUGUCAGACUUGCAGUUCUUCAGUAUGUACAGUGUGUUCAGAAGGAUACUCUUUAACAAACUUGAAUACUUGAGUAAAGAGUUCAGGUGAAGCCAAGAUCGAUGGGUCUUUAAAUGUGAAUUUCUCUCUAGUCAUUAGCGGGUUUGUUGGAGCAAUAACUUCUUCCAUGGUAUCAGGAAUAAUCUUCCAAACAUCAUCUCAGAAUAUCUGGGCGUUAUUGAAUCAGUACCAACUUUUUCUAAUGAUUCCCUUUCUGAUAGUUAAAUUGCCAAGUGAAUUUAGAAGAAUACUUCAAGCUCUUCAAUUCAGUUUUGUGGACAUGAACUUCUUGAACUCUAAAUCCUUACAAGGAGUCAAGAAGAUUAUUGAUCAGAUUGAUUAUGAGAAUCCUUACAAUGAGUUUUGUGAGAGCGAAUAUGAAUCAGGAAGUGCAUUUGUCAACUGACUGGAUAUCAUAGUAUCAUUAUGAGGAAUUAUUUUCCUCAAUCUCAUUGCCCAUCUCUCUAUUGAGCUCUUCUGUAAGCAACAAAGAAGAGGCUCCUCAUCCAAAGUAUACAGACUCGUUUCUUUGUUGUUCUACUUCAAGUUUUAUCUAAGAUUUUUGCUGGAGAGUUUCUUGUUUAUCUGAUUAGUUUCAGUAAGCGAGUUCUUCAGGGUGAUCGAAGCCAAGAAUCACCCUCUUUCAUAUUGUCUCAAUUUUGGAAUCAUUAUUUUACUAUUGGCUUUUGUAAGUUUAGUCUUCUCUUGAUAUGCCUUUUUGAAGAAUCCUCAUAAGAACAAUUAUAUCAGUGAGCUCUUCGAAGGGUUAAAGUUGAACAAAUUUGCACAGAUUCACAGUUUCAUAUUCCUCGCCAGGAGGGUUCUAGUGGUGCUGAUAAUAGUAUCGAUGAGAAAUGCUGGAGUUAUUUCCAGACUUUGCAUGUUCAUUUGACUCCAGUUCUUUGCUCUAUCUCUAACAGUAUUCUUUAAACCUCAUGACACGAAGGCAGGAAAUAUUGUAGAAAUAAUCAACGAAGCUUGAUACUUUGCCAUAAUCCUCUUGAUUAUUUGAAUUCAAAAUACCAAGUCUGUUGUCUUAGAUGAAAUUUUAAAUAGAUCUAUCUUUUUAAACACAUUUAUGGUUCUCUGCGUUAGCCUUGCUAAUCUUUUAUAUCUAAGCAUCAGACAUUAUUUAUCAAAAAAGAGAAGAAAUAAGAUUAAACCUAUCACCAAGAAGGUUAUGGUUCAGACAGGCCAAAAUCUAAAUGAAGACAAGAAUCAUCCUCACUGACUUGAUUGAAGGCCAAACAAUCUUAAAAGAAAAAUUAAAAUUCCUGAAACAACAAAUUCAAGUAACAGAGACAUGUCUAUCUUUACUGAUCGCAAGCUAAUGACAGGUGGUUUUGGAAGAUUGCAUAUAGAUGGAUGACAUUUCAUGUCACCAACUUCCAGAAAAGGACGACAGUCUUCCAAAAAAGUUUGAAAAAGUUUCAAAGAUUGCCAGAUUUAAUAUAAUUCUCUAAUACAAGUGAUUUAAGACCUCUAUUCAGCACUCUCUCCACUUUUUUC